AUGAGGGCGCUGUUUCGCUGCGGAGCAAGCAGGAAAAGGUCCAAAUGGGAGGAAAUCGAACAUGAGGCGGAGCGUCUGGACCUGUUACCGACAUGGGACACUCCGGACAAUGUUCUGAUGAUGCAGGCCUUUGAAUGGCAUGUUCCUGCUGAUCAGAAACAUUGGCGGCGAUUGGACAAGGUUUUGCCCGACCUCAAAGAUAUCGGAGUUGACACCAUCUGGCUGCCUCCCGGAUGCAAAGGAAUGAGCCCAUCCACCAACGGCUACGACAUCUACGAUCUGUAUGACUUGGGAGAAUUCGAUCAAAAGGGCUCCCGAGCGACCAAAUGGGGUACGAAGGAAGAGCUUCUUGCUCUGAGCUUAACCGCCCAGAAACUUGGCAUUGGGAUCUAUUGGGAUGCAGUCUUGAAUCACAAGGCUGCUGCUGACUACACAGAAAAAUUUGAGGCCGUAAAAGUAGACCCACAAGAACGUAAUAUAGAAAUCUCCAAGCCAGAACGGAUCGAAGGAUGGGUAGGAUACGACUUUCCGGGCCGUGGAGAGAAAUACAGCUCUAUGAAGUAUCACUGGUACCAUUUCAGUGGCAUUGACUACAAUGCGAUUGAUAAUAAAAACGCCAUAUAUAAAAUUGCUGGCCCCGGCAAAAACUGGUCCCAAGAUGUUAGCAAGGAAAAUGGCAAUUACGAUUACCUCAUGUUUGCCAAUCUAGAUUACUCGAACCAAGAUGUCAGACAAGAUGUCAUGCGCUGGGGAGAGUGGAUUGGACAACAGCUACCACUCUGCGGAAUGAGGCUGGAUGCUGCUAAACAUUAUUCCUGUCGAUUCCAGAAGGAUUUCGUCGAGCACAUGAAACGCACUGUCGGAUCCAAUUGGUCCUUCAUUGCCGAGUACUGGAAAGGAUCACCGGGUGAACUACUCGACUACCUUCAAAGGAUGGAUCGACAGGUGUCUUUGUUCGAUGCGCCACUUGUUUAUCGCUUUUCGAGGUUCUCGCAGACCGAAGGUGCUGAUCUGAGACGCAUCUUCGAUGAGACUAUUGUGAAAUACGAACCUCAGCACGCAGUGACAUUCGUAGCAAAUCAUGAUACUCAACCCGGCCAAAGCCUAGAAGCCCCCAUUACAGCAUAUUUCAAACCUCUUGCCUACGCCCUCAUCUUACUUCGCAGAGAAGGUCAGCCGUGCAUUUUCUACGGCGAUCUGUACGGAAUCCAAGGCGGAGCUAAGACUUCCUCACCGCCAUCCUGCGGAGGGAAACUUCCUCACCUAGCUCUGGCACGGAAGCUAUAUGCAUAUGGCGAACAACGUGAUUAUUUUGACCGUCGAAACUGCAUAGGCUUCGUUCGAUAUGGCAACUUGAGACACUCUUCUGGUCUUGCAUGCGUUCUUAGCAACGGCGCCGCCUCGACAAAGCGUAUGUUCGUCGGUAAGCAGCAUGCUGGAGAGCGAUGGACAGACCUUCUCGAGUGGAAUAAGGAGACUGUUGUCAUUGACGGCCAGGGCUACGGUAUCUUCCCUGUUUUAGCCAUGAGUGUCAGUGUUUGGGUCAACGACAGAGCGGACGGGAGAGAUCGAUUUGGACAUUUGUGA